AGUUACCCUGGACAGAUCAAAUAUCUCCAUGUCUUACACAUUCAUAUCACCAACUAUGGCUCGCUGUGACGUUCUCCUCCUCUCUCUCCUCCUCAUCGCCGCUGUCUCUGUCGUUGCAUUUGCCGAUCGUGAAGUAGAUUGCGUCUACACAUUCUACCUCAAAACCGGUUCCUUGGAUGGUGCCGGCACAGAUUCGAUCAUAAGCGCUAAUAUCUCCGACAAAGCCGGACAAGAGAUCGUGAUAAAAAACCUAGUGACAUGGGGUGGGUUAAUGGGACAAGGUUACGACUACUUCGAGAACGGUAACGUGGACAUUUUCAGUGGUAAGGAGAGGUGUCUUCCAAGCCCAGUAUGUUCGUUGUCUCUGACCUCUGAUAACUCCGGCCACAAGCCCGCCUGGUAUGUUGAGUACGUGGAGUUCACGACUUCCAAAGUUCGCGCUGAUUCCACGUAUCAAUACUUCAAUGUGUCGCAAUGGCUUUCGACCGAUUUUCCGCCGUAUAACCUCACUGCCGUACGGAAAAAUUGUCCGGUUUCACUUAGUGAGGGUGUCGGUCCGGUCGGAUCUGAUCAGAUCAGUAUGAAUCUCUCUUAGAUCGUAUGAAUCAAUAAUUGAAGGUGGGUCUCUUGGAGAAUUGUUCUAUGUUUUUGUGAACUGUGAACGUGUGUGAUGGCAAUAAUGUAAACUAUCCAAUCGAAUAAAAUUUUACUCCCUAUGAUA